ACGGAGAAGAAACAUAGCGUUUUCGUGAUUAUGGUGUGACAGGGAGUAAAUAAUAUUUAAUGUUAAGCUAAGCAGUUCUUAAACUUUACUAUGUUACGUAUUUACGUGUUUUGUGCAUGAUAUUUUUUUAACAGUUCCUAGAAUUAUAUUGAGAAUAAAUCAUACAUCAAGUCCGGCAAAAUAUAAACAACACCUUAGAUUUUACAAGCUGGCUGGCUAGCCACUUGCUGGAGAGCUAAUCGUAACCGUACGUCAAGACAAUACAGGUUUAAAAUUAAUAAAGUCGAACAAAAUGCCAGCGCCAACUAUAUCGACAAAUACAAGCAUGCAGCAUGAAGAUGGCUGGGAAGUUUUGACAGUUGUACUUGAAAAGUCAAGUGCACGUCAAGGCUUUGGAAUUGCAAUAUCAGGAGGAAAAGAUAAUCCUCAUUUUAAAACUGGUGAUGUAUCAAUUAUUGUGUCAGAUAUCGUAGAGGGAAGUGCUGCAGAUGGCGUGCUUAGAGCUGGAGAUAAACUAAUAUCGGUAAAUGAAAGAUUAGUCCAUGGUGGAACACAUCACGAUGCUGUACAAGCAUUAAAAGCUGCAGGAAUGCAAGCAAGAAUGGAAAUAAAACGACCUGUACCAUACAAGUCUAAAUCGAAAGACAGAAAUGAACAUUUAAACCCUGCUGACAGUAGCACACCCAAGGGGUCACCAAAAACAGAAGAGCGAGGAAGAGAAAGGAAAAAACCGAAGGAAAUGGAUAAAGAACAUGGAGAAAGACAUAGAAGUAGUCGUAGUAGAAGUCGUGGAAGAGAAGGUGAAAAUGGUGAGCCUCGCCGAAGUCGUAGCCGAAGCAAAGGCAGAGAAGGUGAAGAUGGUGAAAAACGAAGAAGCAGAAGCAAAAAUAGGGAAGAGGGAGAGAAUGGAGAGAAACCAAGGCGUAGUCACAGCAGACAUCGAGAAGAGGGGGAAGAAGGUAAAGAACGUCCUAAACGCCCAGGUAGAAGCAAAUCUAGGAGUAGAGACGAUUUAACACGAUCUAAAAGUAAAGAAUCUCUUCACCGUAGCAAGAGCAAAAGUAAAGAAAAUUUGAAUGGGCUACCACCAAAUGCAGAGACUCAUACUAUUGUGUUGGAACGUGGAAAUCAAGGGUAUGGAUUUUCUUUGGGACAACAGAUAUUUAUUCGAGAUUUGGCAAAGGAAAGUCCUGCAGCGAAAGCGGAAAAUCUUGAUAAAGGAGAUAUUUUACACGAGCUUAAUGGAACACCAGUAGCCAACUUAAAGAUAUCAGAAUGUAUAGAUAUUAUAAAAACAGCUACGGAACAAUUAACACUAACAAUUAUAAAGAAACCAAAAGAGUCAAGUAAAGACGUAACAGAUAGCAAAACUAAAAGUGCAAAACCUACAAGACCUAUAGAAGCUCCUGAAGCAAGGGGUAAUUUAGGAAGGGGAAAAAAUAAACAUGAAGAAAAAACUGAAGAAAAACACAAGGAGGAAACACCUCAUGAAAAUGUUAAGGAACGUCCACGACAACCUACUCCUCCAAGCGAACCUCUAAAUGAGACGAAUGGCUCGUGGUCGCAGUCAUCACCAACAAAACAAUAUUCGACAGACGAUGCACGACCUAGUGACGAAAUUGAAACUAUGGACUUGAAACUGGAGAGACUAAAACCAGGAAUGAAAUUUGAAAGAAGACUAUCCAUGUUGCCAAAUGCUCGCGUUAUAUCGUUCCAUAAAACUGGCAGCGUGGGUAUCCAAGUGGCAGGUGGAAAUAACGUUGGGAUAUUUGUUGCAGCAAUUCGACCAGACAGUGCAGCAGCAAAAGAAGGAUUAAAACCAGGAGAUCAAAUUAUCAUGUGCAACGAAAUUGACUUUGAAGACAUAACACGAGAGGAAGCUGUACUCAUUCUGUUAGCUUUACCAGACGAUGUUUCACUUGUUGUGGAGAGCAAGAAAGAUACUUUUGACAAAAUCAAGAAAGAUCUAGGAGACAACUUUUUUAUAAGAGUCAAUUUUGAUCAUGCUGACAAGUCAAGUAGUAAUGAGUUGAUGUUCCGCAAAGGUGAAAUAUUUAACGUUCGUGACACCAUGUAUCAAGGACUGAUUGGUUACUGGCAAGCUCAAAAAGUCGGCCGAAGUGGACAGAUGUUAGAGCGUGGAAUUCUGCCAAACAAAUCAAGAGCUGAGCAGUUGGCUAUUGCUCAAAAAAUGGAAGAACGACAAGCGACUUUACCUGGUCGGAAAUUAAAAAGAAAAGGUUCAAUUGGUGGAACACUUAAAAGACAGAAGUUUGUUUCACAAGACCGUUUAGAUGAAUCUUCGUUUGCUGAAGGUGUUCAAAUCCCAGCCUAUGAGAGAGUGGUGUUGAAGAUUGCUGAUUUUAUGAGACCAGUUGUUAUCCUUGGAGGUCUAGCUGAUUUGGUUCGCUUAUAUCUUUUGGACGAUUUACCAGACCGCUUUGAUGUACCUACGCCGUUAGACGUCGGUGGAAGUCGCCCUUACGACGAUUCUAUUAAAUUGUCCGAAAUUCGCAAUGUUAUCACUAAAAACAAGCAUUGUUUACUCGACACCACUCCCGAGGGAAUUGAAAUGCUAAUGUAUGCUCAACUCUGCCCUAUAGUGGUACUAUUAAAAUCCCCCAGUAGAGGAGCUGUAAGGGAAAUGAGAGAAUCAUUGGUGAACUUAUUAAAGAAUUCGCCGAGUCCGUCUCGACCACCAGGCUUUAACGGCGAUCCGUUAUCAUCCAAGCAAGUAAAACGUGUCUUUUCAAAUGCAAAGAAAUUGGAAGAAUUUUACCCGCAUAUCUUUACUGCGAAGAUUAACACGCACGUGCAGGGACAAGACAUUCACCAGCAUGAAUUUUAUCAUAAACUUAAGGAUAUUAUUUUCAAUCAACAAGCACAAUCCGCAUGGAUGCCAGAAGAAAAGCCUGCUGAUUUCCUCGAUGACAUGGUCUUCCAUCCGAUCAACAUUGAUGGGAUUGGUAAUGAUACUGAUACAGAAGGCGAAAGUACAACCUCGUCACCAGUCUUAGCAAGAAAGCAUUACGAAGAAGAAAGUCCUCUUCCAUCACCAACUGAACACUCGGCAUUUGCCCCUCCCGUGGUUGAAACAACAGAGCCGAAGAAGCACUACCAUGAAAAAUCGAAAGAUCGGAAACACAGAGAUCGUGAGGGAUCCUCUGAUAGGGAGCAUCGUCGAAGUCGUCAUGAUAGGCGAGACAAACACGAUAAGCAUGAAGAAGAUGCACCUCCGAGCUUUAAACCGGAAGAGCCACCGCGUCGCUAUGAGGUCCAUGAUUAUAGGGAACCCCCAAGACGUGACUUGGACGAUAGCAGGGACUAUCAAGACGAUAGUAGAGAUUAUCGAGACGGUAGGGAUUAUCGUGAGGAGAAGAGGGGUUUGCCAGACAACAGUAGGAAUUAUCAAGACGAAAGUAGAAGAGAAGACAGUAGAAAUUAUCGAGAAGACGGUAGAAAUUAUCGAGAAGACAGCAGAGAUUAUCGAGAAGACAGCAGAGAUUAUCGAGAAGAUAGCGGAGAUUAUCGAGAUGACAGCAGAGAUUAUCAAGAUGACAGCUACAGAGAUUAUCGUAACGAUUAUAAAGAACCACCUAGGCAUGGUCAAGAAUCUCCCCGUGAUUAUGGUGCCCCUUCUGUUAAUCGUGAAAUUAAACGAACUGUUGAAGAACACGUAUCUGUUGCGUACGAAACAAAAGUGCAUGCAGUACCACACAAUGAGACCACUGACUUCAUGUAUGGAAGUGGCCCGCAAGAACCAGGGGAGGAUCUUCCAGUCCUUAUGGAUCCCAACUACGAAAUGCCGAAAAUUAUACCUGACUCCCCUCCUUCAAGAGAGGCACCAGAGGUUAAACCUAAACCCUCCUCGAAUGCUAUUAGAGUAUUUCCAAACGAGUUGAAGAAUGAAUUCAGCAUGGAGGAAAAACGACGUUCGUUGAAGAAGAUUCCAGAUUAUAAUGACAACCCUUUAAAGGACUACGACGAGCGUGCGGGGGUUAAGGUAUCCGAUGUAUGGAACAUCGAACGCACAAACUCGCCAAAGAGAUCAUAUCAAGAACAGGAUGAUCUGCCACCAUAUCGACCUCCACCCCCUGCUCAAGAAGAAGUGCCAACAAAAGUGAUGACGCUGCAAGAAAGGAUGAGCAAAUUCCAACAGAAAGUCACCGCCCAACCCAAGAAGCAACCGCCUCCAGUAGAUGAUGACGCACCACCUGCCAGACCUGCUGCUCCUCGGAACUACAUUAUUGAUACUAGGCGCGGUGCCCAAAAACAAGACCAGUACGCGCAAAACAGUUACAGGCCAUCAGCUCAGUUUGCCGAAGUCACUCGUAUCACACCAAGAGCAAAACCUAUUGAGGAGCCAUACGUCAACAUUCGUGAAACUUCAAAUGUGCACUCGGCGCCGGAUUCUAGAUACGCUGGGUAUGAUUACGUGAACCCAAAACAGCACGCACGAUCCCCUUCCCCUGAUAAUCACACGUACGAUUACCCUCGUCCACCACGCGACGAUUACCGCACAGCUCAAGACGACCCACACUAUAGACACCCCCCCCCAUCAAGGUAUGAUGGCUACAGUGUCCCUCCAUCGUCACGUAAUGAUGGGUACAGCGUACCUUCUUUUAAUGAUAAGCGAAAGUCUUUCGAGGAUGAUUAUUACCCUCCUUACCAACUCCCCCGCACUGACAAUCCAGUUAGAAAUGGACACGACGCACGAAUACCACAGACGAACGAGGGGGAAGACGAACCCAUUGUAAUCGCAACAGCACGUGGGAUGUUCGAUCACCGUGGUGGUUUACUAGAAUCCGCAGAAACAAAUGUAAGCAUAUACAUCCCGGCUGGCGCUCUACCGGAAGGACGAAAACAGGAAGUGUACUUUAAAGUCUGCCAAGAUAGUAAAUACAUGCCACCAUUAGAUUCCCGAAGUGGUGAAACUCUUUUAAGUCCGUUGGUUAUGUGUGGACCACAUGGUUUGAAAUUCCGCAAACCAAUCGAACUUCGUCUACCUCAUAAGGGCGCAAGUAAUGACAGCAUGGCGUUUUCGUUGAAAUCUUCGGAUAGUCCAGUUGGUCAUCCAGGACAUUGGAAAAAUGUGAAAUUAGGUGGAAAAGAUCUUGAUUCUGGACGUGCGUACCAAGUUACCGAUGAUACUGUGUCAGUUUUAGUGGACCAUUUUUAAUAAACCGCCAACGUUCGUUCAAGCUUAUUGUGAAUAACUUUAUAAUAAUCUCCCAAUUGAAGAUAUGUAAAAAAUGAUCUAUUUUUAUAUUUCCUUUGAUUUGAAUUCUAACUACUCAUAAUCUCUUUUUCAUUUUUUUAUGCAUCCGUACGCAUGCGUGGUCUUGUUUUUGUCUCAUUUAUCUUCCUCUGUUAUUAGUAUCUGCGAACAAACUGGGCUAUAGAUAAUAAAGUAGGUUUUCGCUGCGAAGUAAUUCAGUUAUAACAAAACCACGGGGGAUUGAAAAUUAAUCUUAAUUUUUUUCUAGAAAGGAUAAUAAAUUCACAUUAACGUUAAAUUAUUGUAAAACGCAUUCAACGCAUGUACUUUACUUUAGAACGCAAUCUCAUUCCCAUGUUUCUGGAUACCAUAUGCUUCGUGGAUAAGGUCAUACCUAAAAAUAUGGGAUUGAGGUUGCGUGCAUUUAUUUGGAAGCAUAUUUUUAGUUUAUUGAUUGUAUUGUUCUGUAUUUUAUAAAUGUAUUUACGGUUAUUUUAAUGUGUAGCGGUAAUGAAUAUUUCCCAUUUUUUAUGGGCUUAAUAACUCGUAAUACUAUUCUUCUUUGAUGUUUACAAGGUAAUCAACAUUUUUACCAGGGCUUCUUUUCGCCUUCUCAGAUAGUCGGAAAGAAAAAAAUAUUCUGGGGCGAGGCUAAAACAAUGCACGUCACAUUACGUAAUUGGGUGAUAUACUUGGUUGAGGUAUUAAAUACUUGGUUUCAAUACUACUUGUACCUUGAAAAAGGUUAUAUAUCUGAUUGUAUUAUUAGGAAUAGAUAAUGUAUAGUUUUUACCACCAUUUUUUGAUUUCAAAUCUGUACAAUGUAUCUUAGAAUGUGUACCCAUGGUCAACUUUGUAAAAACUCUUCUGUGGUGAAUGUUAACUUUUUGAUACGAAAAUUUACUUUUAUUCUACA